GCUUUACUAUCAUCCCAUAGGCUUGAGUUUCCUACUCCUGGUGACACAAGAUGGUAUUAUAGGGCUCAUGUCAUCAAUGUCUUGCAUUCUAACUAUGAGAAACUGAUAGACAUAUUUGAAAAUCUUACUGAUAAUCCAAUAGGUUGGGAUGAUGAAACGUUAAGUAAGGUUACUGGUUUACUUGGCUACCUUAAUGGCUUCUUGUUUUGUUUCUUGGUACAUGUUUUCCAGAGAAUUCUUGAGCAGUCAUCCAUACUUUAUUCUAUCUUGCAGACAAGGACACUGACUUUCAUUAUGGAAUGAGUAGGUUUGAGAGAUUCAAGGCCUUUGUUGCUUCUCUGAGAAAUGAUACAGAAUAUUGUCAGGUGUACGACCUGGCUGUUGAGAAAGUGGGACCACCAGUAACCAGGGUGUUUAAGAUGUGGAAAGGUGAAGUGCCCUCAGAAAAGAUAAAUCUUCUAAAGGAGGUUUAUGGUGAUAUGUUUGACAUACCAAUGCUAGUUAGCCAACUUUGUUUUAUUUACAGAGAUAAAGACUUUCACUGUGAUUCAUGCGAUGAAUUAUUGAAAUAUAUUUUUCAGUUGCAUUAUCAAUCUAGUAUUCCAGAAGUUGUAAAACUGUUAAAGAUAAAUGGGGUUUUGUCAAUUACAAGUGCUUCAGUUGAGAGGUCAUUUUCUUGUUUGAAGAGGGUAAAAAAUUAUCUUAGAAAUACUAUGAGCCAAGGACGUUUUAGUUCUCUUUGCAGGAUUUCCAUUCACAAAGAUAUACUGUCAGAGAAAGAAGACACCAACGCAUUGCAUGAUGAGGUAGUAAAGAAGUUCAUUGAAAAACCACGAAGACUUGCUUUCUUAUACAAAUAGUUAUUCAUAUAUGGCUGAUAGCAAGCUGAUGAUGUCUUACGU